UCAGGAACCGGUCAAACCAAGCUACCCCACCAGACGUGUUGUGUGUGUGUGUGAGAGUGAGUGUGUGUUGGGGGGGCUCUUCGCUCAGAACGAUAAAAUAAUCGAUCAGUUCACAUGGAUAGCCGAAAGCGCGUAAGAGACGACCAGGCGCUUGCUGACGGUUGCCGAACGCCGGAGAAGCGGGUGUCUGCAGCCCCCGACCAUGACUCGGAUUUCAUGCGGUGGGGGGUCGAGGAGACCUGUGAAUAUCUACGCCGGCAAGGGCUCGAAGAGUGGGCAGCGAAAUUUAGAGAGCAAAAAAUCAACGGCAUCGGGCUGCGAUACCUGUCAGAGGUGGAGUUGGAGAAAAUGGGCAUAAGGCCCGUUGGUGUCCGUCUUCAAAUCAUACACAGUCUCAGGAAGCUCUGGCACAUAUCAGCAGAACUGAACAAGGUGCUUAAUGAUCCCAUCCACGGGCAUAUUGAGAUACACUCACUUCUCAUCAGAAUCAUUGACACACCUCAAUUCCAGAGACUGCGAAACAUCAAGCAACUCGGAGGGACAUAUUAUGUCUUCCCUGGGGCAUCCCACAACCGUUUUGAACACUCCAUUGGGGUGGGGUACUUGGCAGGACAGCUUGUACAAGCUCUGAAUGAGAGGCAGCCGGAACUCCUCAUCUCUCGUAGAGACAUAUUGUGCGUGCAGAUUGCUGGUCUCUGCCAUGAUCUAGGACAUGGGCCUUUCUCUCAUAUGUUUGACAGGAUGUUCAUGCCCAUGGCACGUCCGGGAAUUACAUGGAAGCAUGAGAAUGCAUCCCUUGAUAUGUUUGACUACUUGGUCAGUGAUAAUGGUCUGGAGCCAGUUUUUGAGCAAUAUGGGCUGAAGUUGCCUGAGGACCUGAUCUUCAUCAAGGAGCAAAUUGCUGGACCUCUAGACAGCCCUGCCUCUGCCAACAAGUGUAAAUGGCAAUACAGGGGUCGGCCUGAAGAAAAGUCUUUCCUCUAUGAGAUUGUGGCAAAUAAAAGGAAUGGCAUAGAUGUGGAUAAGUGGGACUACUUGGCCAGGGAUUGCCACCACCUCGGCAUCAAGAACAACUUUGACUAUUGCCGCUUCCUCAGCUUUGCCAGGGUUUGUGACGUGGACGGGAAGAAGCACAUCUGCGCCAGAGACAAGGAGGUAGCCGAUCUUUAUGACAUGUUCCACACAAGGAACUGUCUCCACAGACGAGCCUACCAGCACAGAGUGGGCAACAUCAUAGAGACCAUGCUCACAGAGGCAAUGCUAAAGGCAGAUCCAUACAUCCAGAUAGAAGGCUCAGAAGAGAAGAUGUUCACCCUCUCCACAGCUAUAGAUGAUAUGAAGGCCUACUGCAAACUGACAGAUCACAUAUUUGAACAAAUACUCUACUCCUCUUCGCCGGAACUGGCUGAGUCAAGGGAGAUUCUGAACAACAUUCUGCACAGACGUCUCUACAAGUGUUUGGGCCAGACGCAGCCAAACAAACAGUUGAAGCCCUCUCAGUUGGAUCUUGACAACUGGGCAGCUGAAGUGGCCAAAUCCAGGCCUGAGUCUGUCAACCCGGAUGUUGACCUGCGGCCAGAGGACUUUCUGGUCACUGUUAUUGAUAUGGACUAUGGCAUGAAAGAGGAGAACCCCAUCAAUAAUGUGCAUUUCUAUUGCAAGAAUGAUCCCACCAAAGCCAUCCAGAUCCGUAAGAACCAGGUGUCUAAACUCCUCCCAGAAUGCUUUGCAGAGCAAUUGAUUAGAGUCUCGUGUAAGAAGACUGAUGAGAGGAGCCUGGAAGCAGCCAGGAAGCACUUUGUCCAGUGGUGCAUGGACAACGACUUCACAAAGCCUCAGGAUGGAGAUGUAGUGGCACCCGAGCUCACCCCUCUGAAAAAGAGCUGGUCAGAAAACAAUGAGGGUGAGGAUUCGAAAGCUGGCAGCUCCAGCGCAGAAAACAGGCAAAAAAAGGUCAGAGUUAAGUUUGAAAUGUAGGAGGAAGAUGGUCCAGAUUCCCCCUUUCUUUUUUUUCUUUUUCUUUUUCUUUUUUUUUCUUUUUUGCGUAUUGGACAAUGGAACCAACCAUCGGUUGGUCAAUCUUAGAGAAAUUGCUCUAAUCUACUGGGAGAAGCUGUAGAUGAGCGCAGCAGCAGGGCUUAAAAUAACGAGUACCUUUUUUCAAGUACGAAGCGCUUUUUUCACUCUAGACAACAGUUUUUGAAACUGCAACCAGAACUGAUGUCUUCUGGGAAGAAGAAGAAAAAAAAACACAACCAUGAUCUCUUCUCAGGGUUUUCCCUGCCGCUAAAACCAAGCCCUGUUCACUCCCCAAAGAUUGUAAAAACCUUUAUUUUUUAAUUUGAUACAUUAUGACUUUAUUUUUUGGCUCAUUUUUAAGUGACAGGUGUGUUGUUUUUGUUGAGUGUUUGUUUUGGUUUGGUUUUUGUACCCUUUUCCCCCUGUUUUACAUUAAUCAUGAAGUCAUAUCAUGUCUGUCUUCCUGGCAUUGGCUUGAAUUAGUCAUUUCCUCGAACGUCAACCACUGUUAGAGGUUUUAGUCUUUCUUUGCUAUGAAUCAUUCAGGACAGUAACUCAUACUUGGCUAAAGUGUUUUACUUUAUAGUUAAAUUUAUAUUUUAUUUCAGACAGGUGCAUUUCUACAGGUUGUUUAAGUUGUUUAACAGGUUUAAGUUGGUAUGUAUCAGGGCUUUGUUAUAUUCAACUCGUAACUUUACGUCCAUGCUGUUUUUAUGUUGUUUUAUCCUGGGUUUUUUUUUUUGUUUUGUUGCAAAGCUGCCAAGCCUUCAACAGUUGAUAUAUCAGGCUAAAAAAACAAUAUUGAUGAGGGGAACAUACACAUUUAACAGGUGUAGUUGUUGGUGAUAAUACAGAGAAAACCAAAAUGACAAAAUGUAGAGUUCUACAUUUGAUUUUAUAGUUCAUGUGGUAUUUGGAUGCGUGACACCCAACAAUACUUUAUUUCUGUGUCAGAAUUGAUUCUGAAAUGUGUAAUGGUCUGAAAUUGGGAAUUCGUUUCCUAUGGGUUAAGAAUUUCAUUCUUUUUCCUGAUAGGUUUGGAAUAUUUUGAGAUUUAUUACAUCUGCAAAAAGUAGCUUAAGUUGCCUAACAAGCUCAGUUGUGCAACCAUUUUUUUCUAUUUAAGAUAUAAUUUGGGUAAAGUGUAUAGCAACUACAUCAAACUUGCCCCAACAAAUAGUUUUCCAAAAGUUUGUGUGAAAGCUGUUGUUUUUGUCAAACAGGAAUCAGGAACACUUUUUUUUUUAAUAUAUUUCAUUUCAUGUUUUCUGUUUAAAAAUGUUUAAAAAACAUUGUGUUUGUUUAAAACGUUGAUAUAUUUUCUGAACGAUUGUAAAGCAAAACCUAUAUGAAAGUUACUGGUAGAUCAUCGUAGUUAUCCUUAGUAAAAUGGGUUGAAAACAGAUCGGCUGUUUGCAGACUGAAAA